AUGGCGUCGAGCUCAUCACCACCAUCCCAAAUGCUAUAUGCGUGCAUUGCACAUGGCACCACGAUAUUGACAGAACACACGUCGCCAGGGACCUCUGCCUCGUCUGCCUCGUCUCUGGCUUCGGUCAUUCUCCCCAAGAUCUCGCACUCGACACCUGCGAAGCUCACCUACACACACGAUAAGCUGUUCGUGCACUACAUCGCCGACUCGCCUUCGUCUUCGUCGAACGCACCCGAUGAGCAGCUGAGCAGCCAUGCCGCAUUGACGUACCUCGUUGUCGCGCAGGCGGAGCUUGGGCGGAGAGUGCCGUUUGCGUUCCUUCUCGAGAUGAAGAAAAAGUACCUCGGGCAAUUCAAGCCAGAAGACACGGAUUACCAGUCGCUGCCAGCGUAUGGUACUGCUGCUUUCAACAGCCAACUCAAGGGCAUGCUUCAACAAUACAAUGUCUCACCACCCAGCGAUUCAUUGUCCAACGCCCGCCGGGAAAUCGAUAGCGUCAAGGACAUCAUGACGGAGAACAUCGAGAGAGUGCUGGAGCGCGGAGAACGGAUUGACCUGUUAGUGGACAAAACGGAUCGCCUGGGCGGGAGCGCGCGAGACUUUCGUGUUCGCAGCCGGGGGUUGAGGCGACAGAUGUGGUGGAAAAACGUGCGCAUCAUGGUCCUGCUCGUGGUCGUGGUGAUUUUCCUGAUCUACCUGUUUGUGGGUUUUGGUUGCGGCUUGCCGGGCUGGAGCAGGUGCAUUGGAUGA